UUAUGCUCCUCUCAGCCAGGCUUUAUUCGCCUGGCCAUGUGGGACCCUGUGCCCGAGCGCCGUUUCAUGCGGCACGCCUGGGCCACAUACCAGCCUGAUGUGAACAUCAAAAAAAUUUGCUGGGCCCUCAAUACCUCACAGGCCUUGCGCGAUCGUCUUUCAAGCUCAAUGCCUGGUGGUGGCAAUGGUGAUUUAGGCGCCACGGUAAAUCGAGAUCUGGCACAGCGCGUGCGGCCUCUAACUCCAUUAACUCGGCAUAAGCCAGUCAUGCGACAGGAUCUCGUCCUAGCUGCUCGGCUUGUUUUAAUGCUUGACGCUCGUCUUGGUCUCUGGCAAGGUAGUCAGACAUCCCAGCAGAUCUGUGUUCCUGGCCUCAAGGAACCAGCGAUCUCGGCGAAUCCUCUUUUGGACGGCAUCACUGACCAUCUUGUUGACGAAGGGGGAGCUGAAGAAGAAGCAUUGAUUUGUAGGUCUAGCUUUCACUUUCACAUGCUUCCCGAGUCAGUCACAUCUCAUGCGCCCGAUGGCAGUGAAGCUGUAGACUCCGUCGACGGAUCUAAUCAUGCACCUACUGGCUCAAAACCGGUCGGAAUUCCUUCCACUGUUGUUCUUGAAUCCGACCCUGACCUAGCUCGUGCACUCGAUCGGCUUAUUAUUUAUCUUCGUAUUGUUCAUUCUGUUGAUUUUUAUUCGGCUUCAGUCUACCCAAUGGAAGAUGCUAUGCCUCAUCGUUGUGGAAUUCUACAUGCUCGCGGGGAUCGUGGCCUUAAUCCACCUGGGACUGCAAGCGGAGUUGGUUCUGUUAAUUCUGGAUCUGUAGGAGCCGCCAGUGCGGCGAUCAGUGGAAAACAAAUGGGUGGCCUUGUGUUUACCACAAGAGAAGUUGACGAGUACAUGAAGAAUUUUGCUGCCAAAAUGUCUGUCUUACUAGAUGUCCCGCCAGACCUCAGUGAAGAAGAAAUGGUUGAAUUGGGUAAACGUGAUCCCGAAAGAGCUGCUGAGGAGUUCAUUGAAGCCAAUAUUCUGAAACGGACUAGCAAAAAAAAGCCGUUAGUUUAUUUUUUAGCUUGUCAUGCGUAUUUCUCUUGUCAAACCACUUUUGUGCCCAUGACCAACUGUGUUAAAUUGUCAUCAAGUCCCAUAAUUCAUUACGGUGAUAACACAGGGAAGCGGAAGAUUAGGGAGGCCCUUGACAUUCUUGGGGAGAUAAAUCUAAUGAACAAGAGAUUGGAGGAAGGUAGAGUUAGUGAUAACUUUGCCUACUGCCUAAGCAAAAUCGAGGAAAACGAUAAAGCAAGACCAGCAAAAAGGAGAUGCCUUGAUAAAGGAUCUGCCGCUAACCAGGGGAAAAGGGAUUGCGAUGACGAAAGGGGGGGUCAGGGGUAUUCGGCAAUAAAGCAAAGACGUUGUCAGUGA